AUGCAAUCGCCAACAAUGCUUCCAUUGAUUUUAGUCAUGCUAUCGUUUGUGUUGGAAGGAUCAGCCUUUGGCCUUGAUAUCGAUCUCGAAAUUGGCAUAGGCGAAGAAGAAUCAACAACGUCGCUCGGAGAAACACGUCCACAUACAACUAGGCCUCGUCCAACACGAAAACAUGUAACGACCACCACUACCGAAGACGGAGAAAUUGAUACAACCACGCCUUAG